AUGGGAGCGUACAAGUACGUGUCGGAGCUAUGGAAGAAGAAGCAGUCAGACGUCAUGCGCUUUCUGCUGCGCGUGCGCUGCUGGGAGUACCGCCAGCUGCCCUCCAUCAUCCGCGUCUCGCGCCCCACUCGCCCUGACAAGGCUCGCCGCCUCGGAUACAAGGCCAAGCAGGGCUACGUGGUGUACCGCGUGCGCGUGCGCCGUGGCGGCCGCAAGAAGCCCGUCGCCAAGGGUAUCGUGUACGGCAAGCCGAAGAGCCAGGGAGUGACGCAGCUCAAGUUCCAACGCAACAAGCGCGCCGUCGCGGAGGAGCGCGCUGGCCGCCGCCUGGGGGGACUGCGCGUGCUCAACUCCUACUGGGUCAACCAGCUGUCUUCAAUGCAACGCCCACCACACGCCACACUCACCACUCCCUCAAUCCCCCUCUCCCUUUCCCCCCUCUUUCCCCUCACCCCCCCUUUCCCCCUACCCCAUCCCUCCUCCCCCAUUCCCUCUCCACCUUCCUCCCCCGCACACCCUCGUCUUCCUCAACGUCCUCUUCUCUUCCCACUGUCCCCUUUCUCUCCCCCCCCACCCGUCCCCGCACGCCGCCAGGACUCGGCGUUCAAGUACUUUGAGGUGAUCCUGGUGGACCCGCACCACCAGGCCAUCCGCAACGACGCGCACAUCAACUGGCUGUGCCGCCCCGUCAUGAAGCACCGCGAGCUGCGCGGCCUCACGUCUGCCGGCCGCCACCACCGCGGGCUGCUGCGCAAGGGGCACAAGAGCACCAAGAACCGCCCCUCCGUGCGCGCCUUCUGGAAGCGCAACACCAUGCUCUCGCUGCGCCGCUACCGGUAG